UGUUAUUAUAACAAUCUGUAAUUACGAUCAAAAUUAUUCGUUGAAUCUUAUUUUUAUUGUACUCUAUGUAUAUGUAUGAGGGUUGAAUCUUAUUUUCAUUGUACUCUAUGUAUAUGUAUGAGGGUUCAGUUAAAUAUAUCGGUAUAUAUUCACGCAUACAACUACAAGGAAACAGGUUUGUAAGUGAUUUCAGUCUCAUAAGAACUGUAGAACACUUCGGAUCGAGCACGCUGCUUCUAACUUUCUUUAUUUUUAUAUAUAUAUAUAUUUAUUGUAUUCUAUCAUCUAUAAGCAAGAACAUUGAAACUGCAUAUAUAAUUUGAUAAUUUUAAACAUAAUUUAAGCUUCUAAUAAAAUUUCUUCGUUCGUAUUUUUAACUAAUCGUGAGAAAUCUAACAAAAUGAUUCGAAAGGUGAAUAAUUUUAUUCACGUUGGCACGUGCGCCAUGUACACUUACGUUACUUUUCAUGCUUCCUUCAUACAAUCGAUUCCAUUUGUGGAAGAACUAUUUUCUAAAUUUGACCCUGGAAUAUUGAAGUUUUUGACGAUGUGGAACAUGAUAUUACAAGCUGUAUUCUUUUUUAUAUGUAUCAUAAAUGAUUGGUAUGGUACCAAUGCAGUUAGCCCGAAGAAGCCGCCAUUUAUACGAAAGCUGAAGGAUUACGUGUACGCAACUCUUAGUUUUCCUAUAGCCAUGUUCGUUGGGAUUACGUUCUGGUCGAUAAUGUGCAUCGACCGUGAAUUGGUAUUACCAAAGGCAUUGGAUCCAUAUUUUCCAUGGUGGUUAAAUCAUCUGAUGCAUACGAUGAUUAUGGUGUCGUCUAUUAUUGAGAUGCUACUAGCACCACGAAAGUAUCCUAAAAGAUCACAUGGUCUUGCUGGCCUCCUAUUAUUUACACUUACUUAUUUAAUCUGGAUGCACGUAAUCUAUUUCAUGAGUGGUAUUUGGGUGUAUCCAGUGAUGGAAGUACUGACGCUACCUCUGCGAGUAGUAUUCUUUAUCGUUUUAUUGGCAUUCGUGUUGAUACUCUAUUUUGCUGGAGAAAUGCUGAACAACCUCGUUUGGGGUAACGAACAAACUAAACAACACAAAUCUCAUUCCAAGUAGUCGCGCCAACUUGUCACUGGCAAGUGACUUCGAAUCAUGUUAUGCCUCCCAUCGGUGGUGGUGAAUAAAUUUUCUUUUAUCUUUCACUCGUUGAAA